AUGUCGACGCGAACCGGGCUGAGAUCGCCAGCUCAGGAUCAGAUGGGGAGGAUUAUAGCGAUGUACAUCCAGCACAUUAUGGAAUUACAGUCUGGCUUGGGGGAAAAUGCACCAGGGGCCGAGUUUGCACUUCCCAAUGGCUCCUUUCCGUCCUUUGUUUUUUUUUGUGCUGAGUUUGUGCCUGGCAUAUCGUUGGAAAAAUACGCCCAGCGUCUUGUAACUUACAUGAAGUGCUCUGCCGAAGUUUUUAUAUUUUCUCUCGCGUACAUCCGACGUCUGUUCAUUUUGGGCUUUCCCCUACACUUUCGUUCCAUUUACCGCGUUCUUCUCACGUCGUUGGUGGUUGCGGCCAAAACAAGAGAUGAUCUUUGCUGUUCGAUGAGCUACUAUGCGCAGGUGGGCGGUGUCACUAACCGUGAUCUUAUCAUUAUGGAGCUUUGGUUUCUGGCGGAUUUGCUUGAUUUUAGGACAGAAGUACAACCCGAUGAGUACAGAGCCGUUUGCAACGCCAUUACAGCUGUUGUGUCGGCUGAAAAGGCCUGCAGCAACCCAUCCGAAUUGCGCGGUGUUGCGGAUAGCAACACUUUCAAGGAGGAUGAAAAGAACACCCUUGGCCUCGAAGCCUCGGUGAAUUAA